AUGCUGAGGAGCAGUGAAGAUGUACUUGUUAAGUAUCACUUCUUGGCCGUCCUCACUGCCCAUGAAGGAGUCCUCAAGUACUUGCCAGACUACAAUAAGGACUGGAACUUGCUCAUGUACCUUUCCAAUGCUGUGUUUUGUGCUGCUGAAGAGCUCCAAGACCGGCAGCUUCUCGAGGGUCUUGUCAGGGAGUCUGGAGUUGCCGCUUUCAUCUCACAGACCUGCAAUUGCCUCAAGAAGUUAUUUCUGGUCCAAGGGUUCAUCUUUUGGCAGGCGCAAGACAAGGAGACUGACAACAGCAAUGAUAGCAACAAUAAUGACAAUCACCCUGGCGCUCCCGAUGACGAGCACCAUGCUCAUCACGUGGAUGACCUCAAUGACCCUGAGGAGCCAGAGGUGACGAGGGUGUGCAAAGAUGAGGACAACACCGCUGAAGAGGACAGUGAAGUUGAGGGCGACGAGGAUUAUGUUGAUCCCACCAACAAGUUCAGCUCUCUUCCGACACCCAAGGAUGGGAGCAAUCUCAAGCGCCAAUGUGCUGCGCCAGUUGUGGAGGAAGACGAAGCUGGCUCUCUUUCAGACCUAUCAGACAUACCGCCGGCUUCAUCACCGGGCCAUGGCCAUUGCGUCGUCAACAUUUGCGCUUUGCCUCACCCCUUGAGAGCAAAACAAGAGCCAGCUUCGAUCCGGCAGCAUUGUCAUCCUGUCCAUCUGCUCCACACCAGGCGCGCUGUCCUCUGCUUGUCUGCUACGGUCCCAGGAUUGGCGUCAGGCCCAUCUGUUGCCCCAGUCGGACCGCUCCCUGUCAGCACGCUCCCUGCCAGCACGCUCCCUGUCCCCGCCAGCCCAUGGCCAAUCAGCUACUCGCAGCAAGGACCUAAAGAUGUCAACAUUGCUGAAAUCAUUGAGAAAUGUUUUGGCUCUGGUCACAACAUCAUCUUUGGAGUUUCCAAAGCUCGAGGUGCUGCUGCUGGGCUGGAUAUCAAGACGCACCCAACAUUUGCCACCACCGGUCGGCGACUAGUGCGGGCUUUCUUGGCAAAGAGCAGCAUCGAUCUGCUCAAUGCCGUGCCCAUCGUCUUGAUCAUCGGCAGCGCUGCCUUGGUCACCGUGCCUUCUCUGGAGAUACCGCACACUUCUCUUGAUGACAUUGAUGACAGUGACAAUGACAACCCCAACGAGCACCCAAUGAUUGCGCACCAGCGCAACAGCAUUGCAAGAAUGUUUGCCGUUGCUGCCCACCUCGCAGUGAAUUCCAGCCCCUCUCUCAUCCGCCCCCUUCUGGACUGCUGGCCGACUGCAUCCACCCUUACCAGCAUCAGCGUGUCCUGCCCCGUUGUUCACAAGUCAAAAAAGACCUUUGCGCUGCUCUUUGGGCGCAAUGACGUCGUCUUGCGGAUGCCCCUCACCGCUGGCGCCAUCACCUCUUCCCUGCAGCACGUCUACUUGACUCUUGGUCUCAAGUCUGACAAAAAGUACCUCUCAGGGACUGGGCCCGUGCCCCUUGCCGACAACCACAAGCGGAGCUCUGACCAGAUGAGCCGGAGGGCAGUCGUCGGAGCACCAGCGCAGUGA